UUCCAGGCGGGUCGGAGCCAGCACAGCUCAGCAAAUGACUGUUUUAUUUUGAAAUGAGAGAAGCGGAAGUGGAUCCGGUCUGCUGUCGGAACACUUGAUCCCGAACCGUUUCCUGCUUCUCUGUCGGUCCAUCUGAGCGGGUCCAGCAGAGGUUCGCGGAGCAGAGCCGGGCCCAUCCGGACCGGAGCCGAACCGAACCGGAACAUGGCGAAGAGCUACGACUACCUGUUCAAGCUGCUGCUGAUCGGAGACAGCGGCGUGGGCAAAACCUGCCUGCUGUUCCGCUUCAGCGAGGACGCCUUCAACGCCACCUUCAUCUCCACCAUCGGAAUCGAUUUUAAAAUUCGGACCGUGGAGCUGGACGGGAAGAAGAUCAAACUGCAGAUCUGGGACACGGCGGGUCAGGAGCGCUUCCGGACCAUCACCACUGCCUACUACCGAGGCGCCAUGGGCAUCAUGCUGGUGUACGACAUCACCAACGAGAAAUCCUUCGACAACAUCAGGAACUGGAUACGCAACAUCGAGGAGCACGCGUCGGCGGACGUGGAGAAGAUGAUCCUGGGAAACAAGUGCGACAUGAACGACAAGAGGCAGGUGUCCAAAGAGAGAGGAGAGAAGCUCGCCAUCGACUACGGGAUCAAGUUCCUGGAAACCAGCGCCAAGUCCAGCAUCAAUGUGGAGGAGGGCUUCCUGACUCUCGCCAGAGACAUCAUGAGCCGCCUCAACAGGAAGAUGAACGAGGGGAGCCCGGCAGGUGGAGGUGGCCAGGUGAAGAUCUCAGAUCCGCUCUCUAAGAAGAGCGUGUUCAGGUGUUUGCUGCUGUAGGCGGAGCCUCCUGACCAACUGUGGCUCCUCCUCCUUCCAGGUUAUGAUGGCGGCUGCCUUGACACGUGAUAGCAAUUGGCAAAGAUUUUCUGUAUGAUGGAGGUGGGGCUUAUUUAGGGGCGGAGCUUGCUUACAUGUACAGAAACACUUAAAGGGACAGUCCUUCUUUUCCUGAUUGGUCAUCUGAGCGCGCUCAGUUUCAGUUGAAAUUGUUGCUUCCUGUCUGCUGUCCAGCGCCUCGCUCUAAGAGCAUGUUCACUUAUAGAUGUUUAAUCUUUCAUAUUUAUCUCCAGAAUUUAAAGGGAUUUUGUCCAAAUAAACACAGGAACUAAUCAGUAGAUCAAAGUGUUCAAAUCAGGGAAAGGUUAGCACACCCCAACAUCAGGUCUGUCUGGAUAAAAUCCCUUCAGGAGAAGCUUCCUGUCUCCAUCUCAGAGUCACUGUCCCCUCAUCACUUCCUGUCACUCCACAGCAUCUGCAAGAGCUCAGUAUCUGGGCUUUGACUAGGCCGAGGAGUUUCGUCCAGCUCGUUGUGUUCCUGCUGAUUGUUCAAACUGAGCGCGUUCGAACACUGAAGGACAAAGUGUGAACCGUCCCUUUAAAGCCGUUUCCAGGAAGGUCAGCAGGGCGGCCAUGUUUGAUUUAAAAAUGGCAGCUGUGAGCAUGAGGGUUUCAUUUCAAAGCAGCUUCGGUUUGUUUUCAUGCUUUUAUUUUGAAGUUUUCUGUCUUCAGUUGUCUCAGGACAGGAAGUGCUGCAGUUUUCAGUGAAACUUGAAAUGUUUCAGCUUCCUGUGGAGAAUCGGUUUACAUGAGGAGGUUCUGACCCGUCAGCUGGUCUGAGGUCAGCAGAACCCAACCGGAACCGGCUAUGCAACUGAUCCGGAGAACCCGGCUGUGUCCAAAGUUCCUCGAGUUUAUUUUUGUACCUGACUUUCAGAUUAAAAGCCUCUAACUGUAUUGUAACAUGAAGGAUUUUAUAAAUAAACUUGUUUUGUAUUGAAGUGUC